UUUGGAAUUCCAACUCUCCACACUUUCGUGAGUUCCAUCGUCUCUCUCUCUCUCUCUCUCUCUCUCUCUCUCGUUCUUCUUUUCUCCUGUCGCAAACCGAUCUCAUAAUCGUCGAUCGUAUAGUUUUUCGUAGCAACAUCCAAUUGAAUUCCUCUGACGGAUCAGAAACAAAGUUAGGUUAUGUCUAUCAGAUUCAAAUUCAGAAGUUCUGUCAACUUCGACACGAUUGAAAUCGAUGAUGGUAAACCCUACAUAUCGGUGAGAGAACUAAGAAAUAAAAUUCUUUGCCAAAAGAAACUAAACGGCAUAUGUCAUAAAGACUUCGAUCUCGUCUUCUUUGAUGAUCUGACCGGUCAAGAUUACAAUGAUGAUGAAUUCAAGAUCACUAGUGGUUCCAGUGUAAUCAUAAAGAGGGUUCCGGCCGAACCAGUGCCUUCAGCUAUGUUAAGACAUCGUAAGGUUGAAGCAAGUGAGCUUAGUGAGGAUAUUCCAAAAGUUAUGGACAGCCAUAAACAGGAGGAAAUAGUUCUAGAGAAGAAGCUCACACUUGAAGACACUAAACAUAAGAAAUUGGAAAAAGUGGCUAACACGAAGGGAUUCGAUUUGCAAAAAGUUGACCUGCCAUCAGAACUAAGAUGUCCUAUAUGCAACACACAUUUCAAGGAGGCUGUGAUGAUACCAUGCUGUCAGCAUAGCUUUUGUGAAAAAUGCAUUCUUGAAGUACUUACACUAAUGGCGAGGUGCCCUACAUGUUCUUCCACCAAAUACAGGGUAGAGCACUUGCUACCAAAUUUGUCUCUUAGGCUUGCCAUCGAGCAUUUUCUUGAGUCUCAGCUUCUUGCCACUGCUCCAGAAAAUGAUUUGCAGAAAUAUGUCCCAGAUGGAGAAUCUGGUAUUCAGGGGAAGGAUGUUUCAGUCGUGACUAAAAGGAAAUUGGAUUUGCUUUAUUCUACCUCUGCAACGGAGAAAGGAUCAAAUCAAAAUAUGGCAGAGUCAACAGGAUUCUAUGUCGGUAAAUCGACUGCACUUGGCCUCUUCAAUUCAACUCCUUUGCCUAAAAUAAAUAACAAUAAUGGAGGUAGAGAUGCACAUGAAUAUUUGGCACCUUAUGCGGACUCUCAAGGCGAAAACCAACCUCUCAUGCCCCAAGUUUGCGUGCCUGAUGAAGCCGAUUCCACCAGCAAGAAAUGGGGAAAGUGGGGUAAUUCUGGAGGUGGAGAUCAGAGUUACGCAAUUGGCAGUAGAAACAAAAAGGCAGGUCGUACUUGUUACAUGUGUGGCUCUCCUGGCCAUCUCAUAAGAGAUUGCCCUAUUGGUUCUACUGAACAUCCCAUGUUUCAUACAGGAGAUCGUAUGUUUCAGGGAGGUAUGCCUGGUUAUGCGAUGCCCUACUGGAAUGCUGCUGCAUUUCUCCCUGUCAACCCUUACAUGAAUAUGUAUGGAAACCCAGGGAUGGUGCCUUUUAAUGCCACUAUGGUCCCUGUUAUACCUUAUGGAGUUCCAUCUACGUAUGGCUGCUUACCUGUUCCUAGUGGAAUUACAAGGAUAGGGGGCCUGGCACCUGCAGGCACCAGAGCUGAACGACCCUGGAGACAUUCAGAGAAUUUGGAGCUUCUGAACAAUGAUAAUGGAAUAAAACAUUGUCAUGAGAGGAGACAAGAGUCUUUCGAUUAUGAAGAUGAUGGCAUCCGGAAACACCAUGACUGCCAUGAGCGAGAAAGAUCAUCGGACUUUAAAUCCCAUAGAGACAAGGGAAAGGCUCUGAGCAAUUCCGAGGAAAGCCAUGGGCGGAAGUUGCAAAAGGAUCGUCACGGUGACAAACAUCCAGAUCAAAAGAUCAAAUCUGGUCACGGAAGAUUUGAAAAACAUUCUCAUUCCACAAACAAUGGGAGAGAUCGUGGGUCAUAUCAUACAGAUAGAUCUGCUUCGGGGAUAGAGGAUGUGCAUAGUGGUAACUAUAGGUAUGAUGAAGUGAGGCAUAAAAAGUACCACCAAAGGUCCAGAAGGCAUCAUAAUAGCAGGGAGCAGUCAGAUAGUGAUUGUAGUUGUAGCCAUCAUCAUCAAAUAAAAAAAGAAAGGGAUGUUAAAAGGGAGUCAUAUGUUAGCAAUGAUUUCAGAGGAAGCAGGGACAGAAUGAAGCCCAUUGCUGAUUAUGGAGGCAGAUGGAAGAUAGUCAAUGAUUUUGAUGAUGACAGCAUAGACAGGUAUCACCAUAAUAAGAGGAAAAGAGUGCAUUAGAACAACAAUCUGGAAUGGUAUGAAGAUCUAAUAGUGUGGUCAGCUGUUGGAUAUUAAAGUCAUCAGUAGCUUUCUUAACUUUUGUUAACUAAUGCUCUUGAUGUCUUCACCAAGAAGUAGAAAAAAGUUUGGUCAGUGGAAUCUGGCUAUAUUACCAUAGCCCUUGGCUUCUUAUACUGGCUGAUCAAACAUUCUGAAGACUUAUUGAAGAAGCUGAAUUGAGGUAUGUUUUAACUUAAAUGUCUUGAUGCUUUCAUAUCUUCUUUGUUCUAAACUGAAGCCAACCACAUCAUUGAAUCCUCAAUGAUAACAUGAGGGAAGGCAAAAAGUUUUAAUGAAAACCAUAAACAUCUCUUAGGGGGCUUAUUUUAAUGGAAUUGGAAUAGGAAUGGGAAUGAGUAUAACAAGGAAUGAUUCAUUCCCCUCUAUUUACUAGGGUGUGGAUGAUUACCUACUUCUAAGUAAUUACUCAUUAUAUUAUAUUAUAUUGAACCAAGGGUCAUUAUUCAUUCCCUUUCCAAUUCUUUACCCCCUACUACCUUAAUAUUUUGGGAAGUUGCAAUGUUAGAAGUUAGUAAGUUACCAACCAACUUGUUUCAUGAUCACAAAUGGUUAGGUCUGAAUAGAUUAAUUUGUUUAUUGAUGGAUGUGUUAGAUAAGAUUUUGAUGAGUUAGGAGAGGAGUUAUGAUAAAACCAAACUAACCUAGUACAUCCACCUGAAAGUGGGGUCUGGAGAGGUAAAAUGUACGUAGAUUCAUAAGUAUAAAGACAUGAUAGAUGUAAGAAGCAGGGAGACACAAAUAUUAAUGGGGUGUUUGGGUUGACAGAAUGUUUUUUGAGGGAUUUGGAUUUCGUGGAAGGAUUUGGAAUCUUUGUUGUGUUUGGUUUGUAGGAUUUAGGAUGAA